CUUUCCAACGCGUCACGACAGCAUUUCAUCGUUACGGCAGAACUACUACUCAGCUCUAGCUCAACCCUCAGCUGCCCUCUCCACCCAUCAGUUGCGCCACCCAUACGCUCCAGAUCAUUGCGAGUGUACAACAGAUACAACUUCAUCUUCAGUGUGGUAUUGAACACGCGCACUAUGAGCAGCGCCACCGGUUCUCACGGCCACUGGACGCCGGCUGGCCCCGUGAACGAUGAAGAAAGGAUCAUAAUUAAUGUUGGUGGUGUGAGACACGAGACCUACAAACGCACUCUUCUGUCCAUCCCAGGUAGUCGUCUAGCCAACCUCGUCUCUGACACCGGCGCUGCGUCGAAGACCGACCCCCAUGACUUCUUUUUCGAUCGGAGCGCAGAGGCAUUUUCCCAUAUCUUGAACUAUUACCGUACCGGGAAACUGCACUAUCCUCCGGGCGUGUGUGGCCCUUUGUUUGAAGAGGAGCUAGCGUACUGGGGUAUAAGUGCGAACGACGUGGAAUCUUGUUGCUGGACCGACUUCAGACGGCAUCGGGAUGCGGAGGCGGAGUUGUCUCGGUUUGAGCCAGAUGAGCCUCCAGCAGCACAAGGGCAUGCACGGGGUGGAUGCAUGCCAAAGGCUUGGGCCCUAUUCGAUGACCCAGAUUCCUCUGUUGCUGCCAAGGUCAUUGGCAUUCUUUCCCUGCUCUUCAUUAUGAUCUCUCUCUGCAGUACUUUUGGCAUAGCGUCCAUGGCACUACUGGACUCCUCUGACUACAAUUCCAAUGAGAACCACUCUGACACCACCGGAGUAGAAGACGGAGCAGAUGAACUAUUAGAAGAUGGAGCAGAUCAUUUAUUAGAACGGGAAUCUACUCCUGGUGCUCGAAGAUAUCUGAUUAGCCUGAUAAUAGAUCUCCUGUGCAUCAUCUGGUUCAGCGUUGAGUUGUUGGUCCGCAUCAUCUGCUGCCCUAACAAAAAGAGCUUUUGGACGAACGGCAUGAACAUCAUCGACGUACUGGCCAUCGUGCCCUUCUACCUGUUACUCGUGCCCUUCAUCCUGGGCUUUCCUUUCUUGUCUGCGCUCGUGGUCAUUCCAGUAAUUGUAAUGUUGAUCGCCCGCUGCCUUCGCUUGCUGCGAGUCUUUAAGAUGCUGUGGCACUACACGUGUGCCCGGGCACUGGUGCACACACUGCGUGCCAGCCUGUGCCAGUUCUUCCUGCUCGCCGUGCCUCUGAUUGUGGCCAUCCUGAUCUUUUCCACCCUGGCGUUCAUCUCUGAGGCACACGUAGACUCCCAGUUUGGCAGCAUUCUGGAUGCGUUCUGGUGGGUGAUUAUUACCAUGACCACCGUAGGGUAUGGCGACAUGUAUCCCGUGACCUGGGUCGGUAAGGUGUUCGGCAGCCUGUGCGCUCUGACGGGAGUGUUAGCCAUGGCCAUGCCCAUCCCCAUCCUCGUGUACAACUUCAGCAAGUAUUACACGCUGGUGGAGGCCAAGCUGAGACGCCCCGCGGGGAAGGGGCAGCAGUACAAUGGUGUGCCCUUGGUGGCAGCCACUGCCCCUGGCUGGAGUCACAGCUGAGGCAGAAUGCGUGCAGCUGUUCAGCACAGGGUCUGUAGCCUUUUGUGGAGGAAGUGUGUAUCUACUACACACUGAACUAAAUAUGGUAUAUAUCUACAUGUAGGCCUAAUGCACUAACAUCAUGUCCUUUUUAAAAUCACGUUCCACCGGUGGAACGUCUGACUAUUUCUCAAAAAAAGCUCUACACUUAACUUUUACUUUUAUCCAUAGUGACUUACAAUUAUUAAGUCACAGGGUGCAAUUUGCUGGAGCAAUAGAAUACAAUAGACUUUAUUGUCAUACCAGCAUGAACAUUUCAUUUGGUCUCACUGUGUAGAAGCACAACUAUACAUUUAUUCCAUUGCUUAAAACAAAAACACAUAUACAAAUCAUUGCAUUGCAUCCAUCCCCCAACCAUCCAUCCAACCAUCCUUCCCAGCAUACACAUCCAGGGCUUGACUUUUUCCACUCACCAGCAUCUGUGGAUAGUGGUUUUCCCGAGUCACUAGCCAUUCAGAUAUGCCACUAGCCACCAAUUUUAUAUCGUUUAACAAAAAUAUGUAUAUCAUUAUAGUGUAUGUCUAACCUCAGAAGAUGAGGUGCUAAAGCAAGAUGAGUGUAUAGCUUUCUACAUGGAGGUAUAUCAAGCAAAUAGAAACUGAGUUACUGAGCUUUUUUUGUGAAUUUAAAUGCAAACAAUUGAUACAGAAGGGGCGAACAAUAGAAUAUAGGCUAUGAUGCGUAUGUAACACCAAGGAAUAAGCUGCCAGCCAAAUUGGCUAGUGACAAUGAAAGCAUUAGGCUACUAGCCACAGCCAAGUUUAACCAGCAUUUGGCCAGUUGGCUGGUGCCAGUGUCAAGCCCUGUACACAUCAUAUACAAUUACAAGUCAGGCACUAGUUCCAGAGCCUGCACCUGUCUAGCUUUCCCAUUGCUUGUUGACCAUGCAAAUUGCAUUUGGUAUACAUGAGUGUUUGUAGAUGUUUCUCCUUGCACUGUGUGAUCUGUAGCGCCUCCUUGAGGGGAGUAGUUCAAGUUCAGAGGGAAGGGGGUGGGUAUCAUAUAAAAUGGUCAUAGUUUUUCUGUCAGCUGCAGUCCUGUAUAGGUUGUCCAGUGUUUUUUGGGGGUUGUCAAAUGAUUUUUCCUGCCAUUUGUACCACUCUGGACAGCCUGUUCUUGUUGCAGUGUGGCGUUAGAUCAUGUACCUCACCAAUCAGAUCAGAAAGAUCAAAUAAUUUACCAAAUUGCACAGAAACACUGUCAGGUUUUGGUUAUUCAUAUCUGUUAAGCCAUGUAACAAAUGUAGUGGUUCAUGUGAGAAGUGCACAGUGGUCUGUGUGCAUACUGGCAUAUAAAUCACUCAAUGGUAUCAGCAUGCAGCUUUUAGUUCAUGUAAACGUGUUGGAGCACACAAAAUGAAAUUAACAUUAACAUAUGUACUUAACUAAGACUAUAAGACUAAGGCUGUCCAUGGUGUUCUCGAGCCAUGUGCGGUGCAAUAUACAUCAAUUAUAUUGUGUUACUUCAAAGAGAAAGGAAUUUCCCACACACUUGUUUGACAUUUUGCCCUUUUAUUCAGAGCAAACAACGUGUUUCGACGCACAGAGGGGAAAUGUGCUGUUCGCUCUGAAUAGAAGGGCAAAAAAUCAAACAAGUGUGCUGUAAACGUCUUUCUCUAAUUUGAAGUAUUGAAUAUUCUUGUGUUUACCAGCACCAUACGUAGAAGCUGUGCAUGGAUAUCUGAACUUUUUUCAUUCAUAUUGUGUUACAUUUCAUAUGUUUAUAAGUGAAGAGGGGGUACACACAUCCAAUGUGCAGCAGCAGGACAAAAAGGUCAAAUAACUUUUUUUGUUUGUUUUUGUUUUUGUUUUUUAAGUGGAAUUUCCACAGUUGCUCCCAUUUUGCAUCUUAACUCCCAGUGAACGAUGAAGAGCAAAUAUCCUGAAAACAUUCACUGGGAAUAAAAGCAAAACGGGGGCAAGUGUGCGAACAUUACACUUCAUUUUUACUUUUCAUACAUACUGUAUAUCAUGCAUUCAUGUUUUACACAAAAAAUGUAAUCACUAUUAACAAGAUAAUGUAGGCUAUAAGGGGCUAUAAUAUUUUGCAGUACUGACUGAUAUUAUUGCAUGUUAUUGAAUGAUAAAUAACAGCCUGACAUGACUUACAAGAUUCAAAACCCUACACACUUUACAUUAGUAUACUAUAUGAAAUAAAGUGUUGAAUGGAUGGUAUAAAAAAUUACCGGAUUGCAGCUCAAAAUCUGUUACUGACCGAAUUGUGCCAUGUAACAAUUUACUGUAAGCUUUGAUGUUUACUCAUUCAGGUAUUUCUAGAUUUUUUUAUUCAUAUUUUUAUAAGAAUGUCAAAGAGAUAACCAAUAUAUUGGGUGCUGUGAGUGUAUAUAUAGGCAAAGGAAAGCAUAUGAAAAAAAUAAAAAUGCAUAUUUACAUGUGUGUGUAUGUGUCUCUUUCCUUACACAUGUGCGUGCACACACACGUACGCACGCACAACACACUCAACACACUCAACACAACAUGAACUUGUUGCUCUGUUUCGAUAGAGCUGGCGUGGGGAACCUUUUUCAUUCGAAGGGCCACUUUAAAUUCAUCCGAGGGCCGUAAAAGUCCCCCGAGGGCCGUAGGCCUACUAUGAACACAAACCAGGAUUUUCCCCUUCACUUUAGGCCUAGGCUAUAUUGAAGGCAGCCACCUUUUAAACAAACACCACCUUCUCUAGGUUCCCUGAAUAUAACGUAACCCUUCUGUUGUGUUUGGGUCAUUUUGACCCGUUUUCAAGUUUAAGUGUAAAAAAACCACACUUUCCUUUGUUCUCCUGGAAUGAGGCUCCAUCUAAUCCUCAGUCACAAUCAUUUCAACAGAAAAAAACAAGUUUUAUAAUUUUAGUAAAUUUUAAAGGUCUAAAAAAAAAAAGUUACAUCUGUGGUGUUCGGGUCAAAAUUGACCCGGCAUAGAUUUUUGGUUGUUGUAUGGCAUUUCUGAAAAGCUGUUGGUUGCCCUUUGUCCUCAGUUUGGUGAUUCAUGGUGAGGAAAAUAUAUUUCUUGCCUUAAUUUUUUUUACCAACUUUUUCAUAUAACAAAUCCAAGAUGGCCGCCGGACAGUCCCAUACACUGCAAUGUGUCAUAUCUCCUGUUGUGAAAGGAGUACAGAUGUAUUUUUGGUGUCUACUCAUAUGUUUUCAUGGUCAGCGAAUCCAUUUCUGUAUUAUAUAAUGAGAAUUUUCGCACAUUUUCUUUGCAAAAUAAGUUUUUGCACUUUAUUUUGUCCAAAAACGUAUACAAAAAUCCAUAAUGGCACCCAAACAUGUAGAACUGGUCUUAAAGUUGAUGUGACAAUGAGAUUAGGGUCCAUGUUCAUAGUGGAUUCAGAUGAAUAGUGUGACUUUUUUCAUUUUCAUUGAGGUGUUCAUUUCCUAUAUAUUUGCCUUAGAUUGGCGGAAAAGCUGUGAAUCUGACAGAAUUGUUAGUUUGUAUAGGCCUAUUUACCACACUAAAAUCAUAUAAAUAUUGAAAAACACCAAGUCAACAUAUUUCAACAUUCAUUUUAUGCACUGAAAAGCUAAUUUAGUUGACAUUUGGUCUUUAUCCUGCUAUAAAUCUCUUUAGGUUGGUUUGGACCUGAACACCACAACUCUGAGAUAUUUGAAAAACUGUUCCUGCAAGCUAUAUUUUUGAAAAUACACAGCGCGCCUCUCCCUUGCUUCAGUCCAUCCCUUGAAGCCACGCCUUCAAAACAUAUGAACGUGCAUGCGAUCUGUCAGGUGUUCGGAUGAUCCUGAGAACCCACAAGAGCUCAUGGGGUAAACUGAGGUGGAUUGACUUAUUUGUUUCUGAGAAAAAAAGGAAAGAAAUUCCACCAAAAAUUUGAUCCAACCAGUGCAGAUUCAGCUGAUUGUCUACAGUAGCCGUACUACCACUUACUAUUUGCCGAGAUAAGGAAAGGGGCAGGAUUUGUUUUUUGUUUUGUUUUUUUAACUUCUACAGUUGUACUUUUACUUCUGACAUGAUAUCAGAUGUCAGUGACAUCUCUGAUAAUUGUGAUGGUGUUUUCUUCUUCUUUGUUUUUUC